AUGACCAACCAUCCUCCACCCGGUGGCCCGAUCCAGCAACAAGCGGUUGUGGCCCUCUUGAAUGAAGUGCAGAAAGAGCAGAAUAAGCCUGCCCACUUCGAAAGCUGCCCACUUCAGAGACUUCCGCCACCCCCAGCGGCCGCUCUUCAGCCUCAUAGCUGGGCUCAGGUUGCCGGCUCCAUUACGUCCGGCUCUUCUCAUGAAAUAAUGCAGUUAAUGUCACCGACUUUGGUGACCUCUUGUCCUGGCUCGAAGGAGGGCCAGAAUAGUGAUGACGGUAGAUCUAAUGACGAUCUUAUAACAUUCAUCCCUUCUUCAAUACCGGUGCUUCCUGAAGAAAAAGCCGGGAUUAUCCGUAUCUUGGGACGGAUGAACGAAGCUUCUAUUGCCCAUAUCACCGCUCGUAUCCACGAGGGACCCUUGCAGGACAUCCGCAUUGAAGCUCCCGAUAGAGCUCGAGUUGUUUUCCAGCAUCUUUCGCACGCGGAAGCGUUCUGUGAAGCUGACAAGGAAAUGGUAGUCAGACUUGGCUUUGGACGUCUUGGAAAAGGCUACCGUGUUGAGAUUGCAGAGAUCGUCGAUUGGACCGACGACCACCGUGCGAUGAAUCAGCCGAUUAGAGAGCGUCGUCGUCUCUCUUUUGCUAGAAAGGGGCUUUUCUCCUAUUACAAGAAUAUUCCCGGCGUCCUGUCUCCUGAAGCUUGGAAACAGGAUAUGCGGAGCAUUGCUGGCGUCGGUAAUAUCGAGCGCCUUUUUGUCUUUAACAAUGGCAACGCGACCGCCAUAUUCACGAGCACGAUUAUUGCUCGUAGGGUUUUGGAAACUGUCAACAGAUGGAAAGAAACGAAGGCCGUCUAUCGAGGCGUUUCGGUGACCUACUCGUCUGACCCCUGCGAAAAGGAGCUCAUUUUGACAGACGACAAGUGUGUCCUUAUGCGUCGGCAUGAAAAGUUCCGUCCCAACCAUCCCAGUUACCGUCCCGGCAAAAUCAGGCAGGGCCAGCCUGGGCGCCGUUGA